UUUUAUUAGAAAGAGCAAGAGACAGCUUGACGGGUUUUAAGGGUGGGCUGCCACACAUGUGACAGAAGGGUGUGAGUGCAAGAUAUCAAAUAUCAAAGAAAAGGCCAUUUUUAAUCUUGUUGUUUGUGUAAUUGAGCAAACCAAUAUGCUGUUCUGCGAACUGAGUAAAAAUCACAAGGAUCAAGAAUUCAGUGUAACAAGUCCAGCCUGUCAUUUGCUCCUCCGAUGGUGAAAGACACUGUUUGUUUUUUUUAAAUCCUUCUGCAAGCUCUGCAAGUGCGAGACGUCUACAAGUACUACGCUAAACUUCUUGGGAGAUUUAAAAACUGCAGUCAUUUUUCCGAAGUUAAACAAAAAUACAAACUCCCUGGAUAUGCUGAUCUUAUUUAUUUCAUGACAGAGUCAUGAGAAGCGUGAGACGAGGAUUUAUUAAAAGGGCGUGUAACUGAACAAGUGGAGACAGGAGGAAGGGGCGCUUCAGAGAUGAGGAGGAUAAAUCGCCGGCUGGAGGUCAUUGCACUUUUGUUGGUUGGAUCACUUGGUCUUUUAAUUCUCCUGUUUACUGACAAUAGUGAUGAUUUGUUGGAAGUGCCUAAAAGUGAGACAGCCCAGUCAAUGCCAAAACUGCAUACAAACGUCAAUCAAGCGACUAUGCAGCUGGUCACUAAAUGUAAAAUUAACACAUCGGUAGGUGAAAUCCCUGAAUUCACCUCAUUCAACAAGCCAAUGAAGGAAUUUUUGCGAUACCGUCACUGUCGUAAUUUUCCUGUUUUACUUGAUGCUCCUGAAAAAUGUGGCAAAAGACCUCAAGAUUCCUCAAAUGUGUUUCUUCUGCUGAUGAUUAAAUCUUCUCCUUUAAACUAUGGCAGAAGGGAAGUCAUUCGAAAGACUUGGGGUAAAGAAAGAUUGCAGAAUGGGGUCUGGAUUCGCAGGAUCUUUGUCUCUGGUAUUCCUGAAAGCAGUGUCGAUGCCCAUAGGUACGACUCACUCCUAAAAAUUGAGAAUGAGCAGCACAACGACAUCCUGCAAUUUGACUUCAUUGACACCUUCUACAAUCUCACCCUAAAGCAAACCCUUUUCCUGGAGUGGUUGGAAACACGGUGUCCUCAUGCUCACUUUCUUUUCAAUGGGGAUGAUGACGUAUUCGCCAAUACAGAAAAUAUGGUGCUGUUUCUGAAAGGCUUGAAAGACAAUGAUGGCAGUGAGCAUCUCUUUAUGGGUUUCUUGAUUAUUGGCAAUGGCCCCAUUCGAGAUGCAUACAGUAAAUAUUUUGUUCCUACUCAGAUCUAUGAGUCUCACUUGUUUCCUCCUUAUUGUAGUGGUGGUGGCAUUCUUCUGUCCAUGUUUACAACUAAGGCCAUCUACAAAGUGUUACACGGAACUGAACUAUUUCCCAUCGAUGACGUCUUUCUGGGCAUGUGUUUGGAAAAGGUGGGAUUGCAACCCAUGUCCCACACGGGUAUCCUAACUCUUGGUUUUCAAAUGCUUUCCAAUACCUUUGAGACUUAUGACCCUUGCUUUUAUCGGGAGUUGCUCUUGGUACAUCCAUUCUUGCCACACGAAACCAUUGUCAUGUGGGAAAAAAUCCAUAAUCCUCAAAUCAAAUGUGGUACAUUGCUGGCUCCCAAACGUCCUGUAUGAACAAUUUUGUCAGUCAUGUUUUUGGAUGUUAAAUCUUAAAAACCAUCAAUAACUGAUUCUCAUUUCAGUACAAGCUAUGGUGAUAAUUUAGAGUUGCAGCAGAAUAAUGGAAUAUCUGCAUAAAAUGUAAAAUAACGUGCAGAGAAAGUACAAACUCUGCCUAUGCUUAAUGAUCGGACAAAGAAUGAAAUUAAAAGGAUUAAAUAUUUUUAUAAUAAUAAUAGCAAAAAUAAUAAUAAAAGUAAUAAUAAUACAUUUUAUUUAUAUAGUGCCUUUCUCAUGCUCAAUUGUAACCUCUCUGUAUGUUUUGUAUAACAAAAUGUUGCUUUCUUACAAAUAGUUACAUGAAACUGCUUGGCAGGAAUUUUACUUUAACUGUUGUGGUAAUUAAAUCUUUUAUAGAAAAUACUUCAAGUGCAUAGAAAUCCAAAAUGGCUUAAAAUCAUUUUACGCAGCACUGGUUUUCUUUGUGGAGUAGAAUCUGUUUAAAUUAGGAAAUUUCAAAAGUCUACCCUUAGGUUCGUACAACAUCUCAACAUUAAGAAAGUGACGUUCAAGGAUGAGGUGAAAUGUACUAAGAAGGUAAGGAAACCUGAAAAAGACAAGCAGAAAAGAAAGGGCCAGUGGUCUCACAAUAUAUUUUUCUGAGGGCGUCACAUGUGAAGAAGUUCAUAAUCUUCUAGUAACUACAACAAAUUAAUUAAAAGGUACCAAAUGAUUUGCAGAUUACACAAUUGUGCUUCUACGAUUAAAAGUUUUGAAAUUAAACAAAUCCUCAGGACCAGAUAACGGUUAUCCUAGACUUCUAAUAAACCCCUUGAUGGCGUAUUUUUCAAAGACCACUGUACAAUGGUGAUAUUUUGAAGUACUGGAGGCUAACAAAUACUAUCCAAGUUAUAUACAGAGGUGAUUGAGCUGAGGAUUGAGGAAACAAUCAAACAUCACAUUGCAAAGAACAGAAGUAUUAGUGAACAGUCGUUAUGGGUUUAGAUGUGGAGAUCAUGUUUCAGAAAUAUGUUGGGACUGUAUGGGGAAGCAACAAAAGCAAACAAUCAUGGAAUCAGAUAAAGUUGGAGAUAAUUGGCCUUAAAAGGACUGUUGGUUUCUUUACAGUUGAACCUGCUGUCUCCUUCUUUGGCUGCUCUCCAAUGCUGCUCUGAUCUUCUGCAGUUUCACACUUUCAUGAUUGGCUUCCUUACCUUCUAUGCCUGAAAAACCCUCCACCAUUUGCCACACUUUCCCUGCCUUUGUAAGUUGAUCCAAACCCAAAAUCAUAUCUGAGGAGCCCAGUGACUGAACACCUAAGCCGAUGGAAUUCAGCAGUGGAGAGAUGCCUCUCAAGUGUGUCUACUAAAGUGCUUGCUGUUCAGACCUCCCAGAGCCACACUGCUAAGGUU